AGUUUUUAUAGUUUUAAAUUAAAAAAAGAGAACUUCUAAAUGUUGAUUUAAAACCGAUCUGAUGCAUAUAUUUUUAUAUUUUGUGCUUUUAGUUCUUGUUGGGAGUCAUGCUUUUGAGCAGCAACAUAUUCAGGAAACAAUUAUAGAUUCAUCAAAACAAUCUGAUGAGAAUUUUCAUAAAAAUAAUGACAAUGUUGUCUCAGAAAAGGAGACAACCGUUGACUAUGCAAAAAGUGAUGAUUAUAUGACAGAAAAAACAUUGCAUGAUACCGAAAUAAUUUUGCAUAAUACAGAAAAUAUUUUGCAGGAUACUGAAAAUAUUUUGCAACAUACGGAGAAUAUUUUGCAGGAUACAGAAAACAUUUUUAAUGAUAAAGUUUUUAAUGAAGACAAUUCUCCUAAUAGUAAAGAAACCCCCCAAAAAAAAAUUGAUAAUGAAGAACCAAAAAUAACCACAGCAUUCAGUCAGAAUCCAAAAGUUACAAAUAAUGAACAAAUAGGUAAUCAAAUUUCAAUAAAAGACAAUCAAAAACCUGAUGGAGAGACAGUAUUUACAAAUAAGGAUGUACAAGAAAAAAUAAAAAUAAUUAAUGAUAAAAUAAAAACAUUAGACAAAUCUUUUACUGAAAAUGAACAAACAGAUAAUAAACACCCAGACGAACACCCAGAAAACAAAGAUUUAAAAAAUGAUAAUCCUAAAUUGGAAUCUUUAAUGGAAUCUAUUUCAACUGUUAAUCAUGGAGCUGGUAUUUCAACUUUUAAUCAUGGAGCUGGUAUUUCAAAAAAUAUGGACCAUUUAAUGAAUAAUCAAGAUGUUAAAUCAACUGAUAAUUUAAAUGAUCAUAUUACUGACCAUGUUGAUGAUGUCACUAGUAGCAUUGAAAAUGAGAAAUCAGUUCCAAUAUCAAUUAAAACAGAUACAGAAUCUAUUAUUAAAAAUGAAGAUUCUAACUCUAAUGCAGAAAACUCAGAAUCAAAUCUAUCAACAAAAAAAGAAAGUGUUGAUAAUGUACAAAAGUUAUAUGAAGAAGCUAUUCAUCUUCUGUCACAAGAAAAAAAAGAUCACAAAAGGGCUUUUAACCUCUUGCUUAAUGCAGCUGAUCAAAAUCAUACUCUUUCAAUGGAAAAAAUUGUUUACGAUUUAAUUUUUGGUGACAUUUUAGAACGAAACUUGACUAAAGCUGUAGAAAUGUUUCAUAUGUUAGCUACAAAAGGUUCACCAGUUGGUCAACAGGGUCUUGGGUUUGUUUAUGGAAUUGGUUUAACUGUUCCUUCUAGUCAAGCUAAAAUGUUAAUUUAUUCAACAUUCAGUGCUCUUGGUGGAGAUGUUUAUUCACAAAUGAUGUUGGGUUACCGCAGCUAUAUGGGAAUUGGUGUAACUAAAAGUUGUGAGUCUGCAUUAACAUAUUACAAGAAGGUUGCUGAGUCAGUGUCCAAUAAUACCUCUAGCCAUGGUGGUAUUGCAGUGCAACGAGUUCGUCUUUAUGAUGAACUUGAGCAACCAGGAGGAGUAACUGGACAAAUUGAUGAGGAUUUAUUGCAGUAUUACCACUUUCUUGCUGAUAAAGGUGAUCUACAAGCUCAAGUUGGACUUGGUCAAUUAUAUUUUCAAGGAGGAAGGGGAAUUGAAGUUAGUUAUGAGAAAGCAUUCAAGUAUUUCCAGCUGGCAGCAAAUGCAGGCAAUGGCAAUGGGCUUGCUUAUUUAGGAAAGAUGUAUUUAGAGGGGCUUCAUGUACCAAAAGAUGUCACAAAAGCUCUUGAAUAUUUUAAGAAAUCUACAGAGCAGGCUAAUCCUAUUGGUCAGGCUGGUAUGGGAAUGUUGUAUCUCAAUGGUGAAGGUGUGCCAAAGGAUUAUCAAGAAGCUAUCAAGUAUUUUAGCCAGGCAGCUGAGCAAGGUUGGGUGGAGGGACAGCUGCAGUUAGGAAAUAUGUAUUUUAAUGGAUUAGGUGUCAAGCAAGACUACAAGCAAGCUAUUAAAUACUUCACUUAUGCGUCACAAUCAGGUCAUGUUUUAGCAUUUUAUAAUCUUGCACAGAUGCAUGCAAGUGGUGCAGGUGGAAUUCGUUCUUGUAACACAGCAGUAGAGCUUUUUAAAAAUGUGGCAGAACGUGGAAAGUGGUCCACAAUGUUUAUGGACGCAUAUGAUGCUUAUAAAAGCGGAGAUGUAGAGACUGCAUUGUUAAAGUACUACUUCUUAGCAGAACUUGGAUAUGAAGUUGCUCAAAGCAAUGUGGCAUACAUACUAGACAAAGAUAAUAUUGAAAUGUUUGAUAAGAACCAAACAUAUGUUCGCGCCCUUUUACAAUGGUCACGUGCAGCACAACAAGGAUAUGCUGUAGCAAGAGUCAAAGUUGGUGACUAUCAUUAUUAUGGCUUGGGUACAAAAGUUGAUUAUGAGGCUGCUGCUCAACAUUACAAGUUGGCUAGCGACCAACAAAACAAUCCCCAGGCUAUGUUUAAUCUUGGUUAUAUGCAUGAACAAGGUUUAGGACUUAAGCAGGAUAUGCACUUAGCAAAACGAUUUUAUGACAUGGCAGCACUCGCUAGUCCAGAUGCACAGAUUCCUGUCUAUUUAGCUUUAUGUAAAUUGACUAUAAUAUUCACAUGGGAAAAUAUUCAACUUAAAUAUAAUAUGUUGAAGGGAAUGGAUUUUACUGCAGAAUUUAAUCGAAUUUUGGUAGCUACUGUUCAAAUGCUUGGUUCAGACUGGGACGUAUAUCUUAUAACUAUUUUAGUUGGUCUGCUUGCUGCAAUUGUUUUAUUUCGACGUGCUUAUUUCCAUUAAAUUGUUAUUAACAUAACUUAUACAAAAUUAUUUAUACGAAUGGUGUUUGUAUCAUUUAUAAAAGUAGAAGACCAUUAAUAAAUUUUCUUA